CAACUCUCUGUCUACUCUGACUCCUCCAACAAGAGUCUGCUGCACUCACAGGUAGGAGGACACUUCUCCGGACACUUCUCUCUCCACUCCGGCUCUGGUCCGCUGUUCUGGCAAGAGAGCAAAGGGAGAGAUUUGAUCCAAAAUGGCAGAGCGCUACGACUGCCAUGACUGCAAGGAGUCCCUGUUUGGGAGGAAGUAUGUGCUCAGGGAAGAUAACCCCUACUGUGUGAAGUGCUAUGAGAGCCUGUACUCUAACACCUGUGAAGAGUGCAAGAAGUCCAUUGGCUGCAGCAGUAGGGACCUGUCCUACAAGGACCGCCACUGGCAUGAUGACUGCUUCCACUGCUUCAAGUGUAGCCGCUCCCUGGUUGACAAGCCCUUCUCCACCAAGGACGACCAGCUUCUCUGCACCGAGUGCUACGCCAAUGAGUACUCCUCCAAGUGCCACGAAUGCAAGAAGACCAUCAUGCCAGGCUCCAGGAAGAUGGAGCAUAAGGGCAACAGCUGGCAUGAGACCUGCUUCACUUGCCAGCGCUGCCAGCAUCCAAUCGGCACCAAGAACUUCAUCCAUAAGGACAACAAUAACUACUGCGUGCCCUGUUACGAGAAGCAGUUUGCCAUGCAGUGUAUCCAAUGCAAGAAGCCAAUCACCACUGGCGGGGUGACCUAUCGCGAUCAGCCGUGGCAUAAGGACUGCUUCCUGUGCACUGGUUGUAAGCAGCAGCUGUCUGGCCAGCGGUUCACCUCUCGGGACGACUUUGCCUACUGCCUGAACUGCUUCUGCAAUCUGUAUGCCAAGAAGUGUGCCUCCUGCACCACCCCAAUCAGUGGUCUGGGGGGCAGCAAGUACAUCUCGUUUGAAGAGCGCCAGUGGCACAAUGGCUGCUUCAACUGCAAGAAGUGCUCCAUCUCCCUGGUGGGAAGGGGCUUCCUGACCGCCCAAGAUGAGAUCAUGUGUCCCGAGUGUGGCAAAGACGUCUAAGAGCUAUAUGCGAGGAUGGAGCGUCAAAGCCAAAGAAAGCAAAGAUGCAAGCUAAUAUAGGCCUAGUCCUACUAACAUGUCAUUUAUUCUAAUAAUAUAAUUUUCAGACUAACCCUAAAGGCUUUCUGCAUGCACUGGCCUCAGAUUGAUACAGUAUGUUGUCUGAUGAAUUGAGCACAAAUUGCAUUAGAUUCUUAGAAAGAGAUAUCAUUUCGAUGUAUUUUAAACAAAAUAGCAACUUUGUCCGUGGUUUGUUACCAUUAGAACGUUUAACUAAUGUAUUAGGUUGUAUAUGUUAGGAUAAUCAUCCGUGACAAAUAACUAUGACAUAAUGCAAUUAACAGGAGUUAUACUUUUCAUUAUAGCAGUAAAAUCUAAUGAGAACAUGACAUGACAUGUACCUGCACUCUGAAUGUGAAAUAAAGUAUUUAAAAGGCAA